AUGGAACCUGAGAAAAUCUUUAUGAGAGAGAAGCAUGAAUGUAAACUGCGUGGUAAAUCCUUCAGCCGGACCACUAAUCUUACCCAACAUCAAAGAAUACACACUGGAGAGAAGCCUUAUAAAUGUAAUGAAUGUGGGAAAGCUUUUAGUCAGAGUCCUAAACUUAUUCAACAUCAAAGAGUCCAUACUGGUGAGAAACCUUCUGAGUAUAAUGAAUGUGAAAAAACAUUUAGUCAUAGGUCAUCUCUUAGAAAUCAUGAGAGAAUUCAUACUGGAGAAAAACCCUAUCCUUGUCAUGGAUGUGGGAAGGCUUUUAGCCAUAUUUCAGCCUUUACUCAGCAUCACAGAAUUCAUACUCGACUGAAACCAUAUGCAUGUAUGGAAUGUGGGAAAACCUUCAGCUGGAGCACACAUCUAAUUGAACAUCAGGGAAUUCAUUCUGGGGCAAAAGCGUACCAAUGUAAGGAAUGUCGCAAAGUUUUUUGCCAUAGCACAUCACUAAUCCGAAAUCUAAGAACUCACACAGGAGAAAAACCCUAUAAAUGUGAUGAAUGUGGAAAAGCCUUCAGUAAUACGCCAGCCUUCAUUCAACACCAAGAGAAGCCCUAUGAAUGUAAUGAAUGUGGAAAGGCCUUUCAUCAGAGCACACAUCUUACUGAACUCCAGAGAACUCAUACUGGGGAGAAACCUUAUGUAUGUAAGGAGUGUGGAAAAACCUUAAGCUGAAGCACAUACUUUACUGAAUAUCUAAAAAUUCAUUCUGGGAAGAAACGCUAUCGAUGUAAUCUAUGUCAAAAAGUAUUUUGCUAUAGAACAUCACUAAUUUGACAUCAGAGAACUCCUACAGGAGAGAAACCCUACCAAUGUAAUGAAUGUGGAAAAUCUUUCAGCUUAAGCUCAGCACUUACUAAACAUAAGUGAGCACACACAGGGGAGAAACCUUACCAACGUAAUAAAUCUAGUGACGUUUUUUGUCUUAGUAUAUCUUGAAUUUGACAUCAGAGAACUCAUUUUAGAAAUGAAAUCCUAUCAGAGUAA